CAAAACUGUAGUCACACUCGUCGCACUAGUCCUAAUGUUUCGCCUGUUGCAGGCGCAGUAUUUAUAAAAAAUGUAAAACACUCGAGUAAUCACUUAAAAAAGUCGGCGUCAAUACAACUGAAUAGACUGGAGUAUUAAAAAGUUUUAUAGUUUUGCGUGUUAAAAGGAAAACGAAGACUUUCUUCUGUUCCAGAUACAAGAAAGCAUGAAAUCAGUGAUCUGCGUCAUCAUCCCCGCCGUCUGUCUAAUCAGUAUUGGCAACUCUACUCCUAUGGACAAGGGGAGAGAUAUAAAAGAAGAUCCUGCUUUCGAUGAAUGCAAACACUACCAGUUUCUCAAUGACAGAGAGAGGGCUGCUGGAUUUCACAGGGGAAAUAUUCUCAAGCGUGAUCAGAGGGACCUUGUAACUCCCAAAUGGUACAGGUUUACAGGAGCAGCCGGUUCUGAAAUGCCAACGGCAUGUGUUCCGAAAUAUUACUGCGGAACGCUUGCGCCAGGAUGGUUGAGUACCUCUCAUCCAACAAGAGUCGGACAAGUUGUGAACGGGAAGGUGUGUUUCCACUGGGGCUCCAGCUGUUGCAAGUGGAAUACAACCAUUCAGAUUAAGAAGUGCAACGGGUUUUACGUGUACAAGCUGACGAGGACACCUGUAUGUUGGCUGAGGUAUUGCGGUAACUCGGGGUUUGAUCCGUGCAAAGCUGGUAAGCCUUGUCAAAAUGGCGCCAGCUGUGUCAACCAGAACGGAAGUUACACUUGCCUUUGCAGGCCUGGGUACCAAGGAAAGAACUGCGAGCAAGUUUUCGAUGAAUGCAAACAUCAUGAAGUUCUCAAUGACAAAGAGAGGGCUGCUGGAUUUCGCAGGGGAAAUGUUCUCAAGUGUGAUCAGAGGGACCUUGCAACUCCCAAAUGGUACAGGUUUACACAAGCAGCCGGCUCUGAAAUGCCAACGGCAUGUGUCCCGAAAUAUUACUGCGGAACGCUUGCGCCAGGAUGGUUAAGUACCUCUCAUCCAACAAGAGUCGGACAAGUUGUGAACGGGAAGGUGUGUUUCCACUGGGGCUCCAGCUGUUGCAAGUGGAAUACAACCAUUCAGAUUAAGAAGUGCAACGGGUUUUACGUGUACAAGCUGACGAGGACACCUGUAUGUUGGCUGAGGUAUUGCGGUAACUCGGGGUUUGAUCCGUGCAAAGCUGGUAAGCCUUGUCAAAAUGGCGCCAGCUGUGUCAACCAGAACGGAAGUUACACUUGCCUUUGCAGGCCUGGGUACCAAGGAAAGAACUGCGAGCAAGUUUUCGAUGAAUGCAAACAUUAUGAAGUUCUCAGUGACAGCCAGAGAGCUACUACAUCUCACGGGGGAAAUUUUCUCAUGUGUGAUCAGAAGCACCUUGUAACUCCUAAAUGGUACAGGUUUAGAGGAGCAGCCGGCUCUCAAAUGCCAACGGCAUGUGUUCCCAAACAUCGCUGCGGAACGCAGGCGCCAGGAUGGUUAAGUACUUCUCAUCCAACAAGAGUCGGACAGAUUGUGAACGGGAAGGUGUGUUUCCAUUGGGGCUCCAGCUGUUGCAGGUGGAAUACAGCCAUUCAGAUUAAGAAGUGCAACGGGUUUUACGUGUACAAACUGACGAGGACACCUGAAUGUUAUCUUAGGUAUUGUGGUGACGCGGGGUUUGUUUCUUUUGACUUUUUUUUAAAAGAUGGCGAAAGCAAGGCUGAGGAAAAACUGCCUCUUGAAGAUGCAGAGGAAUCGCUCUAUCGUGAAGAGGAGCCAUGGACGAGUGAUGACGAAGUGGAAUCAUUUAAUGCGCCAACGAAAGAUGACGAAGAUGAAGCAGAAUAUUACGACGAGGAACCCAAUGAUGCUGAGGUGGAAGAGAGCGAACAAGUUGAGGAUGAGGCCCCUACGAAUGAGGAUGAACCCGAAGAAGUACCGGACGACGAAGCCUUCGAAACAGCUGAAGAGGGAGUUGAAGCCGCACAAGAUGAUGGGGCCGAUAGUGCACCAGUGGAGGAGGACACAAAACAGCAGGAAGAUGAAGCAAAGGAAGCUCCUGUAGAAGACGAAACAGAGAUAACCGAGGAGGACGAUGACCUGAAAGAGGAAGAUGAACCCGAAGAGGAGGACGCUUAUGAAACACCUGAGGAGGAGGAUGAGGCCGAAGAUUCUGUCGAAGCUGAAGUACCUGAAUCACAAGAUGAAAGUGAGAAUCCAGCUGAAGACGAGGAUGAUGACACCUUUGAGGAUGAUGAAAUAGAAGAAGUUCCUGAAGAAGAAGAUGAGGCUAAGGAAGAAGAGGAUGAAGCGAAGGAAGAAGGUGAGGCAGAAGAAACAUUACAGACGGACGCUGUUGCCGAACAAUGA